CAGUCCGCAGCUUUGGUUUGUUUGGCUGGCUCCUUUUUAUAUUUAUGUGGGUCAACAAAAACAAAAAAAGUUACUUUAACAGUAUAUUUUGUCGAAGUUACCACAAGCCACCGAUAGUUUUAGUGAAAUGCAGCAACUUUGUGCUUCUUUGAUGAUUAAGGACCGAGUUAAUUUUGUUAUUAACGAGAAACGCGUGGGAGUGGAAGAUGUCAGUCAGACUGCGAAUUCCAACAUUGAGUAUACUAAAGUGGUGGAGACGAGACUCACAAUGAGGAAUGUAAAGAAGACGAGGAGGAGGAAGAGGAUGUCUAAAUGAGCUGCAUUCAAACACCCUGUUCAACAGUCCACAUGAGCGUCUCCAAACCCCCUCCGCCCCCCUCCACCACCCACCUCGUCAUCCCUCCCUCUUCCACCUCCAUCCCUUCCUCGUCCGCCACCUCCCCCUCGGCAACGCCCCACUCCACCGCCCUCCCCCCUCCCUCGCCGGUCAAGAUCUCUAUGCAGGAGCACUUUGCCAUCAACGUGUGCCCGGGCCCCAUCCUCCCCAUCCCGCAGAUCUCAGACUUUUUCCCGCGUUUCCACGACUACCCCUGCACGCCCCCGCCUCCGAGGGAGAAGAAGAUCCUAAAAGAGGAGACGUUCAACGGGGAGACAGUUGGAGGGUACAAGGAUGGGGAGAGGAGGGAGAGCCACGAUGGAGAGAGGGAGGAGGCUGUCGACUCAGAUGACGAUGACACCUACCUGGGAACAUUAGAGUUCAAUCUGCUCUUUGAUCAGGAGAACAACUGUCUUCAUUGUACUAUUCACAAGGCGAAGGGACUGAAAGCCAUGGAUUCCAAUGGGCUGGCAGAUCCAUACGUCAAGCUUCAUCUUCUCCCCGGGGCUAGCAAGGCAAACAAGCUACGCACAAAAACCUUGAAGAAUACGCUGAACCCAGUGUGGAAUGAAACUCUGAUUUAUCACGGCAUCACAGCAGCCGACAUGACCACCAAAACGCUCAGGCUGUGUGUGUGUGACAUGGACAGACUUGGAAGAAAUGAAUUCAUCGGAGAGGUGAGAGUGGCUCUGAAGAAACUGAGGGAGGGAGAGAACAAGCGCUACAAUAUGGGCCUGGAGAGAAUUGCACAGAAUAAAGAGGCCAACAAUCAAACGGUGGAGCAGGGAGCAGUCGUUGCAGAGGAAGAGCGUGGUCGCAUUCUGGUGUCACUGUGCUAUAACACAGAGAAAGGCUGCCUGCUGGUUGGGAUCAUACGCUGUGCCCAUCUGGCUGCCAUGGACUCCAACGGCUACUCUGACCCCUUUGUCAAAAUAAUCCUUCAGCCAGAUAUGGGGAAGAAGUCCAAGAACAAGACUUCAGUGAAGAAAAAGACUCUCAACCCAGAAUUCAAUGAGGAGUUUUCAUACGAUGUAACCUUGGACCAGCUGGCGAAGAAAACCCUGGAGAUCUCCGUGUGGGACUACGACUUGGGAAUGAGCAACGACUUCAUAGGUGGAGUAGAGCUGGGCAUCAAUGCAAGCGGACAAAGACUCAAACACUGGUUCGAGUGUCUCAAAAACAAAGGGAAGAAAGUGGAAUACUGGCAUACGCUCACACAGCAAGGAGCCCCGAGCAGUGACAAACCGGACUAGAUUACACCAGACGUUCAUGCAUAGAAACACACCCGAACACACACACACUAACACACACUUGUCUAACUGAAGGAUGGUUGACAAAAGAGACCAAGCAACGCCAGAAUAAAGGAUAAAAAAAUGCAAUAAUGAUGUUAAAAAAAUGAAGUUCCUCAUUUAACACCAAUACAAGUAUUAGUAUAAUAUUCAUACUAAUAUUAGUGAUGGUAAUAAUGUGUUAUCUGAAUACAUUUUUUAAAAUGUAUUUUUUUCUAAAGGUCAACCAAAUUGUGACAAUGUCCUCAUUAAAGUGUUGACGUAACAAAACAGUACUCACAGAAAUUGUGCUUUAGACCUCACUGUAUUGUGGAAGUGGCUCAUUGUGAAAAUUUACACCUGAUGAAGACAUUUGAGAUUAAUGUACUCAAAUUCAUUCAGUGAAAGGGGCCAAAAGUGUGUGUGCAUACGUACAAGUGACUCAUAAUGUGGUGUAUAGUUACAGAUACGAGGGUGAUUGUGUUGUAAGAAGUCUCUAAUUUAGUGGUUGUUGAUCUGAUGCAAAACAACACACAGUCUUAUAAAGCACAAAAUGAUCCAUUUGGUGGAUUUGUACAUUUACCGUUUCAGUGUUCUUGUUCUUAUGUCUCUCAUUGUCUUUCAGUGACAGUGGCUUUCUUCAUAUCAGACAUUGAAAUGUCAGUGUGUGUGUUUGUGUGUGUGUGCAUGAGGGCUAUGAGAAUAUGAGUGCCUACAUUUUCUGUCUGUGUUGUGUGUGUGCGUGUGUGUGUGUGUGUGUGUGUGUGUGUGUGUGUGUGUGUGUGUGUGUGUGUGUGUGUGUGUGUGUGUGUGUGUGCGUGUGUGUGUGUGUCUGCAUUCAAGCCAUGCCCCAUUCAAAAUGUUUCUGUCAAACUGCAGAAGCACAGAGGUGUGAAGAAAUAAUAACAAAGGACAACAGAAACCCGUACAGGAGCGAAAUACUCUGCGGCCUCCACCACAGACACCACCACAGGCCUCAGUGGGUGUGAGUGUCCCAAGCUGCAGGACUCUGAGAAGCUGUCAAUUGUACAUCCCAGACCUUUGUCACCUCUCUCCCCCAGAGCCAGAAACUUUAAGAAUUGAAUACAUCUUGCUAAAUAACCUCUGACCGCUCUUUUUGACUCUCCCUGAUGAAAAAGUUGUGUCAGUGGCAGGCAGAACGGAUAUUACUUUUGGAGGUUAUGCUUUUACCUUUACUUCCCAAGCAGGAUUUAUUUCCUCUGUGGCUCCAAUUUUGCUCCAAUAGAGUCAUCAAUGAUGCAACAUUUUUUUCCCUGCAGAGCAAUAUCAAAGCUGUUCUAUACAUUUGGAUACUCAGGCUUUGAUUGGUCCUGCUUUCUGAGAUAUGAGACCCAGAGCAUGUUAAUCUCCCUUAAUUCACCUAUUUACUCCAUCAGUCAUGAAUGUAUACAAAAAAAAAUGUAAACAAACCAUUUCAUGAAGUUAGUGCUGUGAUCACUAUCCAGUUCAGUCAUUUACUUAUAACUGAUGAAAUAUCAGGUUGUCUAGAGGCUUGUGAAUUUCAUCCUCUGGACAGGAAACAUGACCUCUACAAGUAUUGUGUUAAUGUCAUGAGGGUUAACAGUGUGCAGAUUGGAGAAAUGCAGGCUAAAUUUAUCAUAUUCAAACAGCGGCCAUAAUUCUCUGUGAUCACUUUCAUGGUGGAAAGCUAAAAUACUGUUAUAAUAUUUAUAAAUCUUGAUAAUGUAGUGUAUUUGACAAUUCUCAUCCUGUUGGUAUUUAAUGAGCAACUGAAAAUACCAUAUGUAAUGAAAAUCAAGAGGGACAUCUGGCGAUAUUUCAAACAAAACAACCCUUUAGCUACCACAGCUACAACAGCGAGCUAUCAACCAUUUCCUCGCUUACAGCUUGUUUACAUUAAGUUACUGGGUAAAAUUACAUUUUAUAGGAAUUUAUGCCUUUCCUGUUUUAUCUUGUUACACUACCAAAGACUAAUAUUAGCUUAUAGCCACUUCCUAGCUUACAGUAAUAUUGGCUAGUGAAUGGCUAAAUGCUAACCUUAGCUGCUGUCUGGCUAUAGCUAGUGUAGCUCGCUUAAAUAUGGCCUUAUUCCCUCCAAAUUAUUUUCACACAUUGUCUGUUCAGUUGCUGGCCAACUUUUAAAUGGGGAAUUGGUAAUAAUUUUUUAGAUAGCCACACCUGACUCUAUUUCAGAACAAAAAACCUAUUUGAUUAGUCACUGUCAGACAACAGUUCAGUUCAGUUUGACCACUACCUAGAUUAAAGCUUGUUUACAUUGAGUUAUGGUUCAACAUAACUUUAGAUAGAAAUUGAAACCUUUUUUGUACAUCUUGUAACCAUAGUAAACACUGAUUUUGGCAGUUAUUACCUUAAAAGUUUACAGUGAUAUUAACUAGUAAGUGGUUGAAUGCCAUAUUAGCUGUUGUCUGACUGUAGCUACAAAGCCAACUUGAAAAAUGGCCCUGCGUGUAUGAUAAAUAAUAUGGGGGACACCCUUUUCCUCUCUGACUUCAGGAGGUAAAAAGGGGUUACACUCUGCAUGGACACAGGGAAAAAUAACAAGCUAAGAUUCAAGAACUGAAAAACGAUCUCCUCAUUGUAAACUACAUGUGUCAUGUAUCACUAUGCACAUCUCCACACAUUGAUCGUGAAUAAGGCAUAGACUUCUGCUGGGUUGUCUAAAUUCCAGCCAGGAUAUACGUUUUAAUCCCUCGAUUCAUUCGUCACUCUGGUUCUGGCCGUACAGAGGUACACGCAGGCACAUCCACAGUCAGUCUGUAGCCUCUGGGAAUUUUCUAACUGUUAAAUCGAUCCGGCUGCUCAUAUUCUUGCCGUCCUUCAACAACCUUGUGUCUCAUCGUUGUCUGCAAAAAAAUGGAUCCUUCAGUGGUGAAUAAGGUUUCGAGUAAAAAAGGAUUGGGCAUUAUCAGAGUUGGGACUAAAUGUUGUGUUAAAACAGUAAUCUAAAACGCAUUUUCAGUUAGGUUAUUGAAGAGGAUGCUGGGUUUACUCUCUACUUUUUCUAUGCACAUAAAAGCACCCAGUGCGUCAGCAGCCAGAUAAUCAAAGCAAAACAAAAACACUAUUGUGAUAUAUCAGCAUCAUAGAUGCAUUUCUGGGAAUACUCAGUACUUUGAUUGGGGCUGUGCGGGGUGACAGUGAUCUAAUAGAGUUCACAUUCCUGGCUCGAGGGUUGCCUAUUCCCGUCUGUGGAUCUGUUGGUUCUGUUUACAGUCACCAAAUUUUCUGACUAUGGUCUAAUGAUCCUGCUUUGCUUAUAGAAUUAUUUAUCUGCACUACAGCUGCAUGUUUAGCAAUCACUAUCAGCUUGUAUAAUAGAGCGCCUGAGCUAAUUGUUCUGAAUGUGGAUGUGUUUACAGUCUAUGCCAUCCAUUCAGUCUUAGCGUAUAUUUGUUUGAGAAUACAAAGAUUCAGGGUACUUUUUGCUUAGUUGCUUCGCUUAACCAAGCAGGCUGUUGAUUUCUAAAAGCAAAACCUUUACUGUUACAGAUUUUGACACGUCUUCCUGACAUUCAUAUGAGUGGUAAUGAUGCAGGAGGGCAGGGGCGAAUAAGAUGGGAAGUCACUACUGCAGUUCCUGUGUAUUCACUGUCGAUGUCAAUCACACAGUAUGGCCGCCAUCCUGUGGUGGGUUUGUGUAACUACUUCAGAAAAAUAAAUUGAAGUUGUUUCAGCGGU